AUGCCUUUUCACUUCUCCAAGUCGGCCAGCAAAAAGGCGUCUUUGCCUACACCUUCCACAAGCAUUGUUGCUAGAUUGCGCGAAGCCUUCGAUAAAUUCGACACCAAUAAUUCGGGUAUGCUAGACCUCGAAGAGAUUCAGGCAGCACUGAGAGAGUUGGGGAAGCCUAACAACGCCUCCGUCAUUCACUCCAUUAUGCAAUUGAAGGGCCUGCAAAAUGGCAUAACAUUCACUGACUUUUUUCUCAAAUGGACACGCACAUCUUGGGGUGAGGAGCUGAAGACACUUCCAUUAGACACCGUUCUCGAGUGCAUUAAGGUCUUCGUGACACGUCAAAUGAAUACAAAAGGAGCAAGAGAUCUCUUUAAGCUCGCCGAUGUGGACCAAUCCGGAAAGUUGAGUUUGGCGGAGAUUAAACGUCUUCUCGAGGCAUCUGAUUAUGACGUCGAUGAUGAGGAGCUCUGUGCCAUCUUUCGUCGUGUCGAUGCAAAUCGUGAUGGUGAAUUAGAUGACAAGGAGUUUCUUGACCUUGUCAGAUACCUCAUCGAAAAUAAGUGA